CAGCACCUCCACCAUGGCCGACAAGGACAACGCCAACCCCAUCAUCCACACCGCCGGCGCCGGCGCGCCGCAGCGCAGCACCGCCGACAAGGACGCGCACGCCGACGAGUGGUGGCGCGACGCCGCCGUGCACCGCGCGCCGGCCGCACAGCGCAGCGGUGCCGAGGCGGCGCCUGAGGAGAGUGGUGGCGCGGCAGACGAGGAGGAGAAGGAGGCUAUUGACAGCUUCGAGGUGUACGAUCUCGUGCGCUCCAUCUCCGACCCCGAGCACCCGCUCACCCUCGAGCAGCUCGCCGUCGUCAAUGCGCAGCACAUCUCCGUCGACGAGGGCGACGCAGCCAAGGGCCGCCUGCCCACCGUGCUGCUCGAGUUCACGCCGACGAUUCCGCACUGCUCCAUGGCGACGCUGAUUGGCCUGGCGCUCCGAGUGCGAUUGCUCCGCGCACUGCCGCCGCGAUACAAGGUCGACAUUCGCGUGCGCGAGGGCACGCACCAGUCCGAGAAGGCCGUGAACAAGCAGCUCAACGACAAGGAGCGUGUGGCGGCGGCGCUCGAGAACCAGCACCUGCUGGGCGUCGUCGCAGACUGCCUGGCCACCGCGGCGCGGCGUGGUGCCAGCGAGGAGGAGGCGCUGCGGAUCGCUGAUGCCCGGGCACGCGAGCUGGGCAUUGUGGCUUGAGUGAGGCGCGCUUCGCGCCCGCAUCGCCUGCAUCCCUCGCUCUGAGCCGCAUCGAGCCGGCUGCUGGCAGCCAUGAAGCGGCCGAUCCACACUGCACGGCUGGACGCUCUGUUGCGCUCUCACAUGGAGUCUGCCCGCGUCCAGCCGUCCGCUGCUGCACACUGCGGUCCCAUACCCUUGCCGCACCUGUAGCGCGACCGCACGAUCACACAUGGCAAGCCGGUUCUCACUGAGUGCAUUGAAAGGGAGCUCAUUGAAGGGUUGGUGUAGUGCACGAGAGGAUGAAGCGGGGGGCGGCCACGGUCUGAUGCUGGAGAUGCUGGAAUGGAGUGGGAAUGUGUGGAUGGUAUGG